AUGCCCCAGUUUGCGGUGUACAAACUGAUUGACCUGUGUGAGCUGAUCAGUGCAAUGUUGAUCAUAAUCAUAUGGCCAUCUUGUCCUAGUGCUUGCCCUGAGCAUUGCGAGGUGGACUGCGUUACAUGUAGUCCCGUUUGUAGCUGCAACAGGCCCGGCGCCGUGUGCCACGACCCUCGAUUCGUGGGCGGCGACGGGAUCACCUUCUACUUCCACGGCAAGAAGGACGCCGACUUCUGUCUGGUCUCCGACCCCAACCUCCAGAUCAACGCCCACUUCAUCGGCAAACGCAAUCCCAACCUCACCCGCGACUUCACCUGGGUCCAAUCCCUCGGAAUCCUCUUCCACCGCCACAAGCUCUUCCUCGCCGCACAAAAAACCUCCAUCUGGAACGACGCCGUCGACCGCCUCUCCCUCUCCCUCGACGGCGACUCCAUACCCCUCCCCGCCAGCGACUGCACCACGUGGCGGUCGCAGAACUCGCCGCAUCAAAUCAUCGUCUCGAGCAGCGGGACGGCGAACUCGGUGGAGGUAGAGGUCGAAGGGAUAUUCAGGAUUAGAGCGAGGGUGGCUCCGAUCACGGAGAAGGAGUCGCGGAUCCAUAACUACGGCGUCACGGAGGAGGAUUGCUUGGCGCAUUUGGAUCUGAGCUUUAGGUUUUAUCCGCUGAGUGGUAAUGUUGAGGGCGUCUUGGGAAGGACUUAUGGGAGGAACUACGUGAGCAGGGUGAAGAUGGGAGUGGCGAUGCCGGUUGUCGGCAGAGACAGGGACUUUGCGGCGUCGAGUCUGUUCGCGGCGGAUUGCGCGGUGGCGAGAUUCGGGAACGGAGAUGAUGGGAGUGUUUUGGAGGAGUUUGGGGACCUCAACUGUGCUACUACUGGAAUUGAUGGUCGUGGUGUUGUGUGUAAGAGGUGA